CGCCGCUUAAGUUAGGCGCAUUUUCGAACCAUCGGCGAAAUUCUUCCUAACUUUACUUAGAUUAAGUUGAAUAAUACUAUUACAAAAAAAAUAUUGUAUGACCUGCGUUAUUCAUCUGAAACAAAAUUUUACAGAUCAUGCUUCAAUGGUGAAGUGCUUUUUUACAAAAAAAGGAACUUACCUGACACAAGGGGCAUUGCAUUUAUUUUAGGUUCCAACAAAUGUUUAUCGAGCCAUCAAAGUGCAUUCGACGCCAUGUCUUGACUUUUGUUUUAGGAGGGAAUGUAUUGAGCGCGGAAGUGAACAAGCGUUCAUGAAAGGUGAGCCCUGUUAUUUCAAAUAUGAAAUUGUUCUUAAAGAUGAGUCUGUGUGAAUAGUAUCAUGCUUGGAGUCCGAUUACCAAGCCUUUUCUCCUCUUUGACAUCCUAUCAAAUCAUAAAUGUGCUACGUAUUGAGGGCAACAUUGACUCUAGCACUGAAGGCUUGACACGCAACAAACACUGUCACACCGCAGCAGCUUGGCACAAAAAAGAAAACUUUUCUGUGCUAACCGUUUAUUUGAUUUACGUCAAUGUUUUCAAGAAGAUAGAUUACCGUUAGCCCUCUUAAUAGGACAUCCACUAAAUGCAUCGCACAUGGCCAUUGUAAUAUUUCGAUAAUGAGUGACUAUAACGAUGUAAGUUAUGAAAGAAGAUAUACUCAUUUAAAGGAAAGCAUAACACGAGCAAGUGCGGAAAACAUUUUAUUUAGUCGGCGACUAUAGGCGAAGUAAUAAAGUCUCGGCAGGAGUCCCUGAAAGGAUGGUGGGACAUGGUAUCAUUGUAGCUAAACGACCUUUAUGGACCUUUUAACGGAUAAAAACGAACUGUGAUGUUAAACGCGGCAAGCGGUGCCCCCCCGUCUGUAUCGGUACCAUCGAAGAACUGCUCAUCAUGUCGGGAAAGAAGUAUUUCAGUGGGCCGUUUUUGCCUGUCAGCCAUCCACGUGUGGACACCGUGGCGCUGUCGUUCUGAUUCCUCUCGAGACGAAAUGAGUCAGCUGCACUCAAACAUCCUCAAACUUCUACAGGAUAAGAAAAGUGUGAAAAUAUCGACAGCGAAGUUACGCAAGUUAAAAUGUGGACUGAAAAAGCUCCAUGAAGAAUCGACGGGAUGUGCACAAGAAAGCUCUGGCUAUUUUGCUGUACCUCUUCAAAACCAACAACAGGAAACCUCAACGCUGACAAAUGGUCCAGUACCACAUUUUUUGGAAUCCGUUACCCAGUAUAUCCUCAGAAACUAUGCCACUCAGGAGGGAAUUAUUCGAAAAAAUGGAAAUGAACGGCGUGUAAUGGGGCUGAAAGACCGCAUGGAGAAAAACGGAGCAUUUAUUCCCCCUGGAGAGUAUUCUGUUCACGACGUCACGUGCGUGCUCAAAAGAUGGUUGCGGUGCCUGCCGGAACCGGUUGUACCCCGGGUGCUGCACGAUAUCUUCGUCAAAUGCGUAGAACUCGAUUCCCAUCACCACAGCACACAGGCUCUUCUUCUGACGUGUCUGCUUCUACCCACCUUUCACUUAAACACCUUAAAACAUAUUGCUGUCUUUCUUCAGGAAAUCGCAAAGAAUGAUCUCUGUAAUAAAAUGACAAGUGAAAACCUUGCUAAGGUUCUGGCGCCUUCCCUGAUGCCUCGAGUUGUUAAGGGAGAAAUGGAUCCAGAGGUUGUGAAAAAAUUUAGCAAAUCAGCAACGACUGCCUUGAAGGUCCUCAUCGAUAACGCGCCGAUGAUAGGAGUUUUACCGCUUGAAUACGAGGCUCUUCGGAAUGGAAAAAUGAAAGACUUCUCAGAGGACGAUCUCAGUGACUGUGAAGGCCCGUUAGAAAAGCACAAUCCUCGGAGGAUGCUCUUUACCUUCCUUAAAUCGAAGGGUAGCGCUACGCAUCAGCGGGCUUCUGCACUCCGCACUCCACAGCAGCCAUCAAAGAGAGUAGCAUCUGUUAAAAAUGUACCGCAGUCGUGCCCUCCAAAAAUGACCAAGGCCGCCCUGAACGACCGAGUUAUGAAACUAUCUGGCGGAGCAAGCGGUUCAAAGCAACAGACUCCUCCAAGCAAACAAAAUAAGAUCGUGCGUAAUUUGCUUGUCGCCAGAGUAACGGGAUACAGCAGCGGCGUAUUUGCACAGGAGUCACAUUUAGGCAACUUAUCUGAGAGGGUAAUAUUCGAAUCAUCAAAGUCCCCAUUUCGAAGCCCACCGCUUCAGAACGAGAUGACAGCAACGACAUCUAGAAGGCCUACACGAUCUGUCUCACGAAGAUUUCAAAUGGAAAAUGAAGAACUUCGUGAGGAAAGACAGGAAAAGCGCCAUAUGGACGGUGAUAUUGUCGAUGACUCAGCUUUAAAACAGCAACUAACAGAUGAUAAUACUGCCGCCUUGUUUAUAGAAGAAAAUACUGCUUGUCGCAGCAAAGUUCGUCUUUUACGUAGCCAAGCUUCUGUUCGAUCUCUUCCCGCCCAAAGCAGUCAUAAGUCAUUGUUACAGCACACACAGCAUCAGAGAGCAUCAGUUAGAAGGUCCGCCACCCUGCGGGCUGCUAUGAAGUUUAGUUGUGCACCCCAGACAACAACGACGAAUACGACCAGAGCAACCGGACAGUCAGCUGUCGCUUUAAGUACAUUGCCUUCUACGGCGUGGGCGGCUUUGGUUCGUCGUUCGCCGUCGGCACGGGGGGUCGUGGCACGUAAAGCAUCUUUGCGUGAUAGCGUCGGAUUUAGAUGUUCACCGAGAAAACCACCUAGAACUACACGACUCACUGACGGUGGUGUCAAAGCAAGAGUACAACACGCAAAAGUUGAAUUGUCAAUCGAAUCCCUUGAGCCUCCUCAACGGGGAGAAAAUUAUCACUUAACGGGAGCACGGAAUGAUUCAACUGGGCUGGAGCAACAGCAGCAAACUUCAAGUAAUUUAAACAAAAACAAUGGCGCAAGUUCAAGGUCGACAGACGCAGGUGGACUUAGACGGAAAAAUUCUGCCACCCAGCCUAUGCCAAGUCCUGCGGUGGAAACUGCAAACGAGGUUGCAACGAUCAUCGAGCGAUUAUCAGUGACGCAGGGCAAUCCGUCUGUAGAACGAAAAAAAAAUGCGCGGCGUAGUUUGAGGCUUUCAUCUGGGGCUCAGGACAAAGAUAAUACCGACAGGAGUUUGGGUGAAGUUGAACAUGAUCCAAAGAAGCUUCGUGGUGAUGUUCAACUGAACGAUGGUUAUACUGAGCAUUGGCACGAUGCUUUUGGCGAUGAUGGAUUCAUUCUUCGCACAGCUAAAGACGAUGUCAAUAACGACGAAAAUCGUGAUAAUCCUACAUCUACUGCGAAGGAGGCUCAUAGUGGUGACAAUUUCAACAACGUACAACUUGUAAGCGGUGAAACUCCAGGCCAACCAACUUCGUCGAGUAGUUUGAUCUCUGAAAUGGUCACUGCCGUAAAAUGGCGUGUCUCGCAAAGAAAUCAAGAGUAUGAUGAUGCGAAUUGUGUCUUGGACAACUCGGGAACCUGCGUAGAUUCCGAAGAUGAGACUGAAAAUUUUGUUGACGCUGUAGAAUUUAUGAAUGAGCUUUCUAAGCAGCAGCAGCAGCAGCAAGAAGAAAGAUCGCAGGAUAAUAGACACUACCUAAGAGAGACACGGGCUUGCUUUAUAUCGGGAAUGUUGGAUACACCAGUGAGAGCAGCUUCUGCAGAAACCGAACAGAGUCCUAACUCACGCAGGGAAUCAGUCAUUGCGAUCAGGGUGAGUCGCGCUGGUUUUGUGAAGCGUAACGUACGUGAAAUUGAAAACACGUUCGCCACACCUAUCGGAAAAGCUUCUCGAUCGCGUUACCAAAAUACGCCAUCAACAAGCCACCUAAGCACGUCUCGUAUAAUAACCGCUGCAGCGACCCCUAUGACCGCACAAAAUUCAGAGCUUCCUCAUCAUAAGGAACCCCGUCGACGACCUCUAACACCCGGCAAUUCCAAAAAAGAUUUAGUUGGUGAACGGUUUAGUAAAACCAAGGUAAUGACUUCGCCUACGGAUAUCUAGGCUUGUUGGUCCCGUUACCAAACGCUAUGCGCACAGGAAGUGAAAAUGGGGCUCGAGCCUGAGUACAACCUUUGUCGAGGGUUUUUUCCUUCCUGUUUCUAUUGUUGAUUUUGCUAUACAGAAAUGAGUCAUGCACAAGAAUUAUGUACAAAUGAGAAACUGACAUACAAAUUGUUCGAAAUGACUGUUGUAACACUUCAUAAUAGGACAGGAAAUUACUUUUUGUGUCUAUUUUCCAUGAGAUACCGAAAGAAAAAUGAGAACAAGGAGGCUUCGUUGCACGAGAUCAUUCAUUGGUUGGUAGACCAUAAAACAUUGCGUUUAAUGACAGCGAAGUCGUGAGGCUCAUCGAGAUUACAUUCGCUUGUCUGAUCA